GUUCAGCCCAGCCUCAGCUCAGCUCAGCUCAGCCCGGUCCUGCCCAGCCUCGCCAUGCCGCUGCUCCGCGUCGCCCUCCUCCUGCUCGGCCUCCUCCUGGCCUCCGCCGCCGCCGAGUCGGUGAGAGAAACCGAGACCAUGGAUGCACGAUGGCUUGACUACCCUGGUUCUGGAGACCUGCCAGAUGAUGAAGACAUCGGCAAAUUCAAACCUUCCUCAACUUCCGAUGGGUUAGAUACAGAUGAGACGUCUGGUUCUGGAGACUACCCAGAUUCUGAAGAUGCUAUUUAUCUGACGACCAUGGAUACUCCUCUGAUAUCUGACAACUAUAUCCCUGGAGAUAUGGAGAGAAAGAUAGAAGGUGAGAAGAAAAACACGAUGCUGGACAAUGAAAUCAUUCCAGACAAAGCUUUACCUGUUGAAGAGAACCUGUCCAACAAGAUCUCCAUGGCAAGCACAGCCAACAGCAGCAUCUUUGAAAGAACAGAAGUUCUUACAGCCCUCAUUGCAGGAGGGGCAGUUGGCCUCCUGUUUGCUGUCUUCCUGAUCCUUCUCUUAGUCUAUCGCAUGAAGAAAAAGGAUGAAGGCAGUUACGACCUUGGAAAGAAACCGAUCUACAAGAAAGCCCCUACAAACGAGUUCUACGCUUAAAGCUCAGCAGCACUUUGUGUCCAUCAAGGGACAAAUGGACUGUAUGGAAACACUGUGCCCUCCAAUGAGACGUGCUGAACAAACGUUCUUUUUGGAUUGAAUUUCAAAGUGACUUUGGGGGGGGGGGGGAAAUUUCUAUAUGACCCUUUCCACCCCACUCAGCUAACAAGGGCCCAAUGAAAUACAAAGAGUCUGAAAAAACAAAACAACAAACCUCAGUGUACUUUAUCUAAAGCUAGUAUAAAAAAAAAAAAAGCCAAACUUUCUGCUUGUUUUUAUAGAGGGUAUGUAAACACAAAACAGACUGUAUGGAAGUAAACACCAUGUGUUUGCAUCCAGUGUGGUGUUCAGAUUGGCUGCUUCCACAGAAGAUGACUUUUUUUUAUUAACCUUGCUAACAGACGUCUCGCAGCAGGCUGUUGAUGUGAAGCUUUUUUGUGGAGAACUAUUUAUGAAUCUCUUACACUACAGAUAAUGUUGCCUUAUCGGGAGUAAAAGGCCCAUAGGGCUCAAAAUCCAUGAAUGCCAUAAAGGGCCUAUGGGAAUGUCUUCCCCUGGAGACUUCUGUCUCUUCCUGCUGGCCCCAGGCAAGGGUCGUUAGUCCAUGAAAUCAGGACAGCCCUGUUUCUCUUGGCUAUGGUGACACCCUUUCCUUGCCUUUACUCUCUUACCUUUUUUUUUAAGGAUUGCCUGUAGGGCUUUUAUAACAAAAUUUUAAAGAAAAUAGACUAAUGUUUAUAUAAAGUUUGUAGAAAUUGUUUUUGAAAUAAAAAAAUAUACUUUUUUAAUUUCCUCAGAUUUAUUUUUUCAAUCCCUUUGUGUUUCCUUUGGCUGGGCAUUUCUCUAGAGAUGUUUUGUAUGAUUCAUAUUCUGAACUGCAGCAGAGUUAGCUACAGUGUUACAGAUUUCUUUUUAGUUCUGUAGCAGCUACUGGAGAGGGUAAAGAUAUUUAUGGUUUCCUUGUAACUUAGGUUUUGAUUUUUU